CAACCUCUUUAAUGUUAUGUUCUGGUUGCAGCAGUUCCUCUGCUCCCAAUUACUCUGAAUAGAAUACUGGUUAAUUUCACAGAAUGGGAACCCCCUGCUCACACCUUUCCUGGGUGGAGGCACUGCCAACUUUCUAGUCAAAGCCACUCUUCCACUUAGCAAAGGUUCUGGUUCAAUUAUUUACCCACAGCUUUAGCACAAUAUCCUGUUUGGGGAGGGCCAUUCUUCAUAAUCCCCCCCCCCCCCAAAAGAGGGCUACACGCUCAAAAAACAAUAGUGAAUAAUGAAUAUCUAGACAAUAGUAGACAAUGUCAAUUGCUUCCGAUAUCAUCAUAACUAUUUUCAUCUUUUAACGGAGAUUACAGAUAGACCUUACUGUGGGUUGUAACAUCAUCAGUUGUAAGCCAUAUAAGAUCAAAUUAGCACGUUGGUGAUUUAUCACUACAUUAUGCAAGGUUUGCUCCUCCUAUUAAGUUAGUAAUAAAACCACAGUGCAAAUCUACAGUAUUAGUUCUGCACAGAAGAAGGACAUGGAGAAGCUUGUAUUUCUGGGCCUGCUGGUUUGGACUGGAGCAUAUGGUCAAAGCAGCAAAUAUUCAGACUUGUUGGAAGAGUGUCUUCAGGAUCCGGAGUAUGAAGAUAUAAUGGAUAUUGCCAUACGUGGAUUGCCUCCUGUCCCAAAAUCUAAUGCGAAACACGUUGUAAUUGUUGGUGCCGGGAUGUCCGGAUUAUCAGCGGCCAACGUAUUACAGAAUGCCGGUCACAGAGUGACAGUGCUGGAGGCCAGUAACCGCAUAGGAGGUCGUGUACAGACCUAUAGAGAUCCAGAGGGCUGGUAUGGAGAACUGGGACCCAUGCGUAUUCCUCCAUCUCACAGGCUUAUACGGGAAUUUAUUCGUCAGUGUGAAUUGCAAAUGAACCCUUUUAUCAUAUCUAAUGAAAACAAUGUAUACUUGUUCAAUAACAUAAGACAACUGCAAAAGGAUGUUGCUAAGAAGUCAAACCUGUUUGGGUUUGCACUGACCUCUGAGGAAGAAGGAAUAUCCGUUAAAGACCUAUUUUCUAAAGUGGCAUUCAAGUUUAUACAACAAGUUGCUGGAGAAAACUGCUCUGAAAUCUUGGACUCAUUUGAUAAGAUUUCUUUUCAGUCUAUGCUGGCGGAUGAAGGACGUUUAAGUGCUGGUGCUAUUAAGAUGGUUGGAAACUUCAUGAAUACUAAUAGUCAGCCCUACACCUCUUUUAUAGAAGAAGUUUUGAAUACGUAUAUUUUUAAAUUCCCAAGGUUAGAUGAGAUCACUGGAGGUUUUGAUCAAUUGCCCUUGUCCUUGGCCAAACGUUUGGGAAAUGUGAUCAGAUUGAAAUCCACUGUAGUUAAAGUCAUGAGGAAUGGAAAAUCAGUGAUUGUCUCAUACCGUAAAGAUAGAAUCACCCCUCCCAUCAACAUAAUCGCGGACUAUGUCAUCGUAACAUCCACCGCAAAGGCAACCAAACGUAUUAAGUUCAGUCCUCCUCUGUCCAAUGAGAAGGAUUUUGCAUUGGGUAACAUCCACUAUGCAAGUGCCACAAAAAUCUUACUGGGCUGCACUGAGAGUUUCUGGGAAAAGGAUGGUAUUGUUGGUGGGAGAAGUAUCACUGAUCGCCCAUCGCGUUCUGUCUAUUACCCAAGUCACAACUUCACCGGAGGAAGAGGAGUCCUCCUUGCAUCAUACACUUGGGCAGAUGAGUCAUUGUUCUUCCUAUCCCUUAGUGAUGAAGAGUGCAUUGACAUUGUUUUUGAAGACUUGGCUGCCAUCCACUUGAGAUCAGAGAAGGAGCUCCGACGCCUUUGUCCUAAAGCUGUGGUGAAGAGGUGGAGCCUGGAUCCAUAUUCCAUGGGUGCAUUCGCCCAUUUCAUCCCGUAUCAGAAUAGUUACUUGUUUGAGUACCUGGCUCAACCUGAAGGCAGAAUAUAUUUUGCAGGAGAACACACUUCAGCUCCCCAUGGUUGGAUUGACACAGCUAUUAAAAGUGGCCUGAAGGCUGCAAGAGCUGUUCACAGAGAUGCCAACACAUUUCUCCACAGAUAAUUGAAUUGCAUAUGUGUAUGAAUAUCAAUAUUUCUUGGUUCUGGAAAUAUACAUUCUAUGUAAAGCAGUGUACUUUAAAAAUUAAAAACAUUUUAUCUUCAA